AUGCUGCGACUCUUUGCUUUCACCGUUGCCCAGGCCACGCUCAGCAGCUCCGUCACGGCCUCGAGCAGCGCCCCUGAUCUGUCCCAGUACAGCCUCACUGCGACCCUCCCCAUAGUCCAUUUCGAUCCUCCAUAUACGUGGCCCAACUAUGCUCCCAGCCUUUCAAUCUACCUGCAUCCGCCCGCAAGCGCGUCCUUCGCCAAUGUUUCGUUCAAAGCCCCCAUAGCGCCAGUUCUCGAUACCGGCUCGAAUGGCUUGCUUCUAGAUGCACUGGAUCUCAACAUCACCAACGCCACGCUGGCGCAGUAUGAACCCGGCUACCAGUACCUUUCGUCGUCAACAAAACUCUACCGCGGCUCGUGGAUCCCGUUCACGCUCGAGUUUGCCAGCCCCUCGGGCGAAUCAGUCAACGUCACGGCAGAGAUUCCAGUGCUGGUCGUCAACGAGACGCUCAAAUGCUCGGGGUACCAGGCUGAAUGGGAGGCAUACUGUCCCGAAGACCACACGAGCAGCUACGAUUCUCAUCCCCGAGGCACCCAAUGGUGGGGAAUUGGCUUCGGUCGCGAAGCCGACGGACAGCUCCACGGAACGCCGGACAAGAAUGCGCUGAUCAACAUCAAGAGCAUCAACGGCGUGGAUGUGUCUUCGUCGAAGAACUACAGGGCCGGAUACAGCUUGCGGAAGGACGGCGUAGUGGUGGGUUUGACCGAGGAGAACACACGGGGCUACCGAUGGACGAAGCUGGAGAAGCAGAUAGACUUCUCGGAUGACCCCCGCGAUUGGAAGAAUGCCUCGGGCUGCGUGAGCAUCGACGGCGGUGACUGUCGAUCAUCCAACGUUCUCGUCGAUACAGGUCUCACUAUAUCCUAUCUAUCGACCGCUGAUACGUCUGUCCGCUUGGUACCUUCAAAUAGGUCUUCCACAGCAAAGGUCCUGGCAGCCGGUCAAAAUGUGCUGGUUCGAUUUGGUUUGGGGGAUGGAGAUGGCGAAGUGCAAUACAACUUUACGGUGGGAGAUGCCAGCAGCUUGGAGGAUCCUAAUGAGGUGAGGACAAAGCUGGUGGACGAGGGCAAGGAAGAGAAAAUCAACACGGGAGUGUACUUUUACCGCGAGUGGGGGAGCGCCUUUGAUGCAGACGGUGGUUGGUGGGGGGUCAAGUAUGUUGGGAACGCUUAG